AUGGCCACUGAAGCUGUCAUCGUCGCUGCCUCCCGCACUCCUACCGGUUCCAUCAAUGGUGCUCUGAAGAGCUUCACCGCCCCUCAGCUCGGCUCUUUGGCUCUUAAACAUGCCUUUGCCUCAAAGAACAUUGACCCCACUAUUGUUGAGGAAAUCUACUUCGGAAACGUGGUGCAGGCCGGUGUCGGUCAAUCUCCUGCGCGUCAGGUUGCUCUCUCGGCUGGUAUGAGCAGCAGAUCGGAUGCUACCACUAUCAACAAGGUCUGCGCCAGCGGCAUGAAAUCUAUCAUGCUUGCUAGCCAGAGCAUCCAGCUCGGUCAGGCCAGCGUCGUUGCCGCUGGUGGCAUGGAGAGUAUGAGUAAUGCCCCCUUCCUCCUUCCCCGUCAAAAUCCUGUUUUCGGCAAAUUUACCGCCACGGACUCCCUCGAAUAUGAUGGUCUCUGGGAUACCUACAACAACCAGGCUAUGGGUUGCUGUGGUGAGUCUGCAGCCGAGAAGCACUCUAUCUCUCGUGAGGCCCAAGAUGCACAUGCAAUUGAGUCUUACAAGCGAGCGGAGCAGGCGUGGAAGAAUGGUGCAUUUGACGCAGAGAUUGUACCCAUUACCGUAAAGGGCAAAAAAGGAGACACAAUCGUGAGGGAGGACGAGGAGUACAAGCGGAUCAUUUACGAGAAGGUUCCUAGUUUACGUUCUGCGUUCAAACAGGGUGGCAGUAUCACCGCCGCCAACUCCUCGCCGUUGAAUGACGGUGCAUCCGCUCUGAUCCUCAUGUCUGCGGAGAAGGCAAAAGAACUUGGUCUCACACCAUUGGCCAAGGUCAUUUCCUAUGCGGACGCCGGUAUGGAUCCUAUCGAUUUCCCCAUUGCACCGACAGUCGCAUUGCCCAAGGCCCUGGAACGUGCAAAUCUGACAGUUGACGACAUUUCCCUCUUUGAGAUCAACGAAGCUUUCUCUGUUGUUAUUCGUAUCGCCGAGAAAGUCCUUAAAAUUGACCCUGCAAAGAUCAACAUUAACGGUGGUGCUGUUGCUCUCGGCCACGCUAUCGGAAGCUCUGGCUCGCGCAUUGUUGUGUCGUUAGUACAUGCCUUGAAGUCCGGACAGUAUGGUGCUGCCGGUGUUUGCAAUGGGGGUGGAGCCGCUUCCGCCAUAAUCAUUCAGAAACUGUAG